AAGGGCGCAUGCGCGGAAGGUCGCCUCCGAGAACCCGUGUGGUGGAUCGCCGCCGCCGCCGUCCGGACGAGGAGAGCCGCUCGCACAACAGCCCGAUUGCCCGUCAGCUUCGCGUUGGAUAACGCCCGUAAAAGGAUUCUAAAUGAUGUCCCGGAGAAGAAGCAGAAGCCCGUCCCGAGAACGUAGAAUGCGUGGUGACCGGGGUGCAAGUAACAAGACAGACAGUGCUGAUCCUCGAGAUCUUGAGAGGCGCGUUUUUGUUGGAAAUUUGCCCACCGACUCCAUGGUGAGGAAGGAUUUGGAGGAUAUGUUCCUUAAAUAUGGCAAGAUAAAUGCUUUGUCAAUGCACCAUGGAUUUGGGUUUGUGCAGUUUGAUCGUGUUGAGGAUGCUAAAGCUGCCGUACAAGGAGAGAACGAGCGAAUGUGUAGAGGGUACAGAUUAGAUGUUAAUAUGGCAGCUGAACGAAGAAAUUCGAAUAAAUCUGCACGGAGACCGAGUCCUCCGAGAAGAGAUCCAUUUGCCUUUGGUGAUGAACGUGAUGUAAGACGUGAUCGCUCCCCACUCAGGCCUACCAGAGAUGAACGCGAUGUAAGGGAUCCUCUGUAUGAUCGAUACAGGGAUGCUAGAGAUCCAAGAGACCCAACCUACAGGCGGGAGGAAGUCUAUGACCGCUAUUAUCGCUAUGAUGAUAUUUUGCGCAGGAAGGAGGAGCCAUAUAUGGACAGAUUUCGUGAGCCAUGGGAUCCCAGAGCACCUCGUGAAGUUGAUGAUCCCAUGAGAAGAGAGCGCCGGAGAGAAGAAUUGUAUCGGCAGUAUUAUGAUGAAAUCCAAAGACGUUAUGAUGCUGAAAGACCUGUGGAUUGUUCAGUUAUUGUAGUCAACAAGCAGCAAAAGGAAUAUGCAGAGUCUGUUGGUCGAAAAGUUCGUGACCUUGGUAUGGUGGUUGACUUGAUAUUCCUGAAUACUGAAGUGUCGCUUACUCAAGCCCUUGAAGAUGUCAGCAGAGGAGGCACGGCGUUUGCGAUUGUUAUUACUCAACAACAUGAAAUACACAGAUCGUGUACUGUCAAUAUCCUGUUUGGGACACCACAGGAGCAUCGUAACAUGCCAAUGGCUGAUGCUAUGAUCUUGGUUGCGCGUAAUUAUGAAAGGUACAAGACCGAAACACGUGAAAAGGAGCGGGAAGAGGUUGCAAGAAAGGCAGCAAAAAUGGCAGAUGAAGUAAUCAUGCGUGAACGUGAACCUACCCAAGGAGGGCUUGAAGAACGAGGAAAUCCCCCCAGCAUCCAGCCAUUAUUGAACCUACUUGCAGAUGGAAGAUAUCUUUCCAUGGAGGAAAUUGAUAAAAUCAUAGAAUAUCUGAGAGAGAAAAAAGAACGAUUUCUUCGGGGAGGAGACGCCUUGCAUGGAUCUGUUCACAAUCCAGCUCCCAUGCCCAGACCAAACAUGGGUUCUGUAGGAAUGAAUCCACUUGAUGCACAACAGUCUCUGCCAAAUGCUCAGUCUUUGAAGGGAGGUCCACAGGACGCACAAGCAACACAACAGCAAGAGCUGCAAGCCAAGAUCCUAAGCCUCUUCAACAGUGGAGCAUCUGGUACAAAUACUAACCCUGCAGGAGCACAGGGCCCAGCAUAUGGAAGCGCACUAAACACCCAGCCUCAAAAUCGUGCUGGCCAGCUUGUCCUCAGUAAUUCCUCAUAUCUUUCUCAAAGUCAGCAACGCAUGACGGGCCCUAAUUCACAACUUCCAUCUUUAAUGAGUCAAGCAGUUGCACCAAGAGCCACUGCGAUUCGGUCACCUCUGCCUCAAACCCAAGGCAUCUAUGGCCAGCAGCAACCUCGAGGUCCAAACCCCAACCAGUCAAGUGCUUUGUCUCAGGCCCAGAGAUCUGGUGUUGCAUCAGGUAUAAACUUUGAUAACCCUAGUGUGCAGAAAGCAUUGGAUACUCUUAUUCAGAGUGGUCCAUCUCUUUCCCACUUGGUAAACCAAGCCUCUGCCCAGGUACCACGCCCUGGCCAACCAAUGAACCAGGCUGCUAUGGCGUCUUACCAGCGCCACUACUGAGCCUGUGGGGUGGGUGGAAUUGUCUUUAAGGAAGAGCAGUCAGCACAUCUAUUGAACCCCUUUAAGGCUACCUGUUAAGGUUUCAUAAACAAAUGUAGGUUAUCAAGAGAGUGCUUCAAUAAAUUCUGGUUAUUGUCGGGCUUUGAUGUGAUUUUAAGAAAUCCAUUACGAUUUUAUGGUAGCCAGGUAAUGAAAAUUUUUAUAAAGGCACUCAAUUUAUGUUGUAACUGUAUAUAAUAAAAACUACGUUUGUUAAUGAACAAGGCCUUAAUUGCAAUCACUCGGUUCAUAUCGACUUUGAUCUUUUAAAAUAUAAAAAAAAUUAAAAUGUUAACCAGAUGAUUGUGUAUUAAAGCAUGAUGCUGCAGUCUGAAUCCAGUGUUUUUAAAUGGAUAUUUCUAAAAAUGUAACUAAAACCCAGGAUAGCAGAUCUCUACUAAGUAAACAAGUUUUUUUAUAUUUUAAUGUUUUGCCACUUUUUUUUAAUAAUUAGAUCCUAAGUCAGACAGGUUAUGUCAUUGUCAUUAUGGUUCUGUAAAAUUGACUUUUGUAAGUUUUACGGUUUUCUGUUACAUUUGUGAUCCCCUUCCCUUAUGUUCACUCUCUGCAGCUAUGAGAAAUUGUUUUAUGUGCUUCAUUUGUAGCCAGAGCCAUUUGCAGCUGUGGAAUGGUGGCUGUUGUAUAUUUCUUAGUAGUUUAAUGUUUGAGUCACUACUUUCAUCUGGUUGUAAAGAAUAAAGGUUUCUCUUCCAUUUUU